GUUUGUGUGCAGCAGCAGAAGCAAGCAGGUAGUGGUGGUCGAAAGGAGUUUUGGUGGGGCACCUGGAGCGGACAGAGAGAGAGACACAGGCCACAAACGAUCAUCGGGCUCAGUUGGUAGUUGGCCGGACCGAAAGGCGGAAGCCAGUGCUUGACUUGAGUCAAUCCAAGUGAAAUCGCAACUUGAAGCGACUGUUAUGCUGUCGUCAACUACGUAGUCAGAGUGUAGAUAUGAGCCCCGCAUCAUCGGGUGCUCUGGAAGUCGAACGUUACAUAGGCGCUUGUCUGAUUUCGUCGCAGCGUCACCAGGGUGGAAACGGUCGCUCCACCAAGCGCUACGAUUACUAUGUUCAACCCCCUGGAGACGUGGUAUUUAGGCAACAGCAAAAGUACAACAGCCACAGCACUAACAACGCCUUUCGGAGAUGUCAUUCAGUCGAUGGCUGGGCAGGCGGCAUUCCCCUCAUCUCGUUCGCAAACCCCAACAAUAACAGCAACCAUCACCACCAGAGACGAUCUGGAACAGUUGGCAGGAAGCAGGACGCACAUCACGAUGGUCUGACGCGCUUAGCGGUCCAUACACAGGGCGCACCUCUGAUCCUGUCGCAUCAGAAGUAUUCGGGUAAUGGACGUAGAAGUAAUACCAAUAAUAGUAGUAGUAAUGUGAGAAAAUCGAACCAAAGUGUGGAUGCUGCGAGUGUGACUAGUGACGAGAGCACCGGAACCGGAAACUCCGAGACCACCGCGCUUCCCAGAAUCAUUAAACCGCGCAAGAGACGGAAAAAGGAUCGCAAGCCGCUUCCUCAUCUUCUUCAGACCUUUUCACGUCACGACGACGGUCUCUCUUCCUCAACGGACAGUGGCAGUCCGGAUAUUGCAUCUCUUGUGGUCGACUUGAUGGUGGCACCAUACUUUCCUGUACAUCAUCCCAACAAUCGCCACCAUCAGCAGAGAACUUUGUUAAAUUAUUCCGAUAAUUUGACUAAUGAUUCGAAUGUUACCGGGUGUACUAACGACAUUUCUGAAACGCCAAAGUUGCACCACCGUUUCGAGGACGUGGAGGUUCCGAAAGAUGAGGAUCCGAAGGAGAUGACGACAUCCUGUCAGUGCACCUAUUGUAACCCGGCCGAUCAAAUUUGGGAUGUGUCGAAGAAUAAUGACUGUUACUCGCCUUUUCUGACAACGCCGACGUUUUGUUUCGAUUCUUCGACCCGCCUCAUCACGGAUGCGAUGUCGUCGGUCUCGCUGGACGACGAGGACGACGAGGUGGUGACUAGGAGGAAGAAUGUCGAAUCUUCGACGCGGAAUUUCAUUGAAAUUUCGACGGAGAUAGUGACAUCGCCAAAUGGACAUCGGGAUCUGGAAAUUAAACUUUUCCCAUCAAACGAUAAGGGUGUUGGGGCUGGUGGUGGUGUUGUUCGCGAAGUGAACAAUAACAAUAGCACUGGCAAGUGUUUGAGCGAAGCGUGUUGUGACAAAACUGGUACUGUUAUUGGGAAUUAUAAAGGCAUUAUGCAUCACGAAUACUGAUCUCUUUCACCCAAAAAAGAUUGCUACACACAUGUCUACAAAAAUUCUCAUGAUUCGUUUUGACAAUUUCGACAAAGCUGUUAACUACCUACAACUUUUAUUAGUGUGCAGCAAUCCUUUUUGAGUUUGUUUUCAUAAUCUUAUUUUGUUUCCGCGUGUAUCAUUAUGAACUUUCACUUUUAAUUCUCAAUAUUGCGAUGUGUACAGGAAAAGUUUGACUGGUGCAUGCGGAAACGUUUCCUUGUAAUUAUUUCUUCGAUUAAUCCGAAGUAACAUGACUGACUGUGUGUGUGUGCUCUGUAGAUACAUUACUUUCGUGUUUUGUUUUGAUUCUCAUUUUUUCCUUUACUGUAAUAUACCUAUCUACCAAAAGGUGCAAGCCGAAACAAUAAGUCGUGAUUCUGCUGUAUUGUUUUGUUAUGUUCUCGAUCGACCGUUUGUACGUGCUCUAUCGUACAAAAAUGUUAACUUUUUGAUUAUUAUGAAAAUACAUACUGCAACAAUUUUUCUGCA